GCUCCAGCCGUUCUUGCUGCGCGAUAGUCGUGUUCUCUUGCCGAUCUUGAUCUUCUUCCUGCUUCACUUCAAAACAAGUCAUGUGCCCUCAGAUGACUCCAAACUUCAGCCAUUCUCGUGCCAAGCACGAUUCAAUGGUGACACUCGAAGAGUUUCCGUUGCCUUCUCCUCCCGACCGCGUUUCUUCUGCUCCGGAUCACAUGCUUCAACUGAGCACGUCUCCUCCGUUCUCGUGGUUCAAUCAAAUUUUCAGUCGUCAUAGUGACCAGCCUCCUCCGCCUGAUGCAAAAGAUGGAGAAGUGGUGAAAGAAUUCACCCGUGUGCCAGGAUCACUUUGAUGUAAUGACAGUGACUCGACAGUUUUAGAAUAGAAGUAACAGCUUGUCUUUAGGGUAACGAGUGUACAUUAAUUUAGUAAAUGAUUGCUUACUCAAUCCUCAAGAAAGAAAUGUUCAGGUGGCCUAAAAAUAAAUUUAUUUAGCAGAGC